GUCAUCGACUCAGACGAUGACGAUAUCAUGCUCAACAUACCCCUGCGUGAGAGACUAGCUACAUCCAAAAAGAACCUCGAAAAUCCUAUGCAAAGCUCGUCAGUUUUAUCUCCAGAUACGGAUUUUAUCACUGUAGAGAGGGAUGCUUUUAGUGUAGCCACAUCGACAAGUGCAGCCAAUCUGUUCACGGCAUCGACGAAGUCAGAUAGUAUAAAUGCAUACGACUGCAGUACGGACAAGGGGAAUGACUCAUCAAGGCGCACACGCGCAUACACGGAUAUCGGUACAACCAGCGAGGAAGGUUCCAGUGACACACACGCAUAUACGGAGAGUAGUACCAUCAGAGGGAAAAGCUCAGUGAGUUCGCGAUCAAGAAGUCCGGUAUCAAAACAAAGCCUCCAUAAAGAGGACUUUGGUGAAGGUCAAACAAGUGCCAACAACGGCGCAAUCUUCUCGGUGUUUGUCCACGCAGCCAACAAGACGUACCCAAAGCCGUUAAAGCCCAUUCGUAGCAAGAGCUCCGAUACCCAAAAAAAUGCAGACUCAGCCGCCACACAAAUCACGUCAACCAGCCCGGCCGAAAUCGAGCCCUUGAAGGUGACGCUCGACAGUGGCAGCUAUGAUAUCUGGAUGGUAAUCGAUAAUCGUGAGAUAUUCGGGAAGAAGGAUCGAGGCUAUCUUCAGGAAAAGUUGGCAAAAAAUGGCGUCAAAUGUAUUGUUCGUGCAAUGCAGCUGGGCGAUUUCACCUGGGUGGCGAAAGAAAAGCGGACAAUCGACGAGGCCGUAAACACCAUGUCAGUCGAACAACCCAAGGAACAAGACCGGGAGAUUAUGCUGGGCUAUCUGGGUGAGCGCAAGCGUAUGGAUGACCUCUGUGCGUCUGUAAUGGAUGGCCGUUUUGUAGAGCAGAUGUCGCGCCUGAAGAAAUGCCAUGUCAGCCGCUGCAUGUACCUGAUUGAAAACUAUGGCAAAAUGGACAAGCUCACUCUCUCGCAGGCAGCUUUGGAGAGUAGUAUCGCCCGUAUUCAGGUUCAUUCUGGUAUGCAAGUGACGCGCACGGACAACAUCGAGCACACUGUUCGGUACUUGACGUAUUUCACGAAGUAUCUGAUGGACCUGUACAAGGACAAGGCGGUGACGAGCGAUCCGGCCGUGGAGGUCUCAGAAAGCACAGUUGGUGGGUUGGUGGUAAGUUUGAUGUCUAUCUCAAAAUUCAGAAAGGAUAGAAAGUCACCAUAG